AUGACAAAAAGAGUUGGGGGAAACACUCCAGAAGAUACAAUAACACUCGCCACAGAGUCAUCAACAGCAGCAUCUACAACAGUUAGGAGAAACACUCCAGAAGAUACAAUAACACUCUCCACAGAGUCAUCAACAGCAGCAUCUACAACAGCGGAGAAAACCACCACUGAAAAAAUAACAUCACCACAAACAACAGGACUCCCAACAGUGGCAUCCACAAAAGUUGAGACAACAACUAUCGAAAGAGCAACGCAAGCUAUUGUCACAGUUUCAACAACAGUAGCUUCCACAACAGCAGGGAAAACCACCACUGAAAAAAUAACAUCACCACAAACCACAGAAGCCCCAACGGUGGCAUCCACAACAGUUGAGACAACAACUAUCGAAAGAGCAACGCAAGCUAUUGUCACAGUUUCAACAACAGUAGCUUCCACAACAGCUGAGACAACCACUCUAAAAUAUAUAACAACACUCGCCACAGAACCAUCAACAGCAACAUCUACAACUGCUGAGGUAACCACUACAAAAGUUGCAACACCUCACACCACACAGCCAUCGACAGUAGCAUCCACAACAGCUGAGGUGACCACUACAACAGCACACAGUUCAGAAUCGUCAACAGCAGUAGCUUCCACAACAGGGGCCACCGUUACCAUUCCAGUGCAGACCACAACAAUACCUUUGGCAACUACAGUUAAAGAUCUUGGACCUGCGGUUGCACUUUAUGAAUUUGGAGUGAAUGCAGGAGAUUUAAGCAUAAAAGAAAAGACUACAGAGGUCACAUCUGCACUUUUGAAACCUAAAAUUGGAUUUCCAUUUGGUGCAACCAUGUACAAAUCUCUUUAUUUUACAGACAAUGGCCAAAUAAUAUUUCCAGCCUUCGUUAGUGAAAUUAGGAAAUAUACUAAUCCACCAGCUGAAGGCUUCAAGGCCUCCUCAAAGCCUGCUAUGUUAGCUGCGUUUUGGGAUGAUGCUGAUCUCAGCUCUGGAGGAAACAUUUAUUAUCAGGAAUACUCAACUAUAUCAAGCAGUAACUCUAUUGUAAAAGACAUAGAAUCAAAGAUUCAGACCAACCUAAAAGUGACCUACACAGCCAAAUGGACUCUCAAGAUCACAUGGGAAAAUAUCCCUGCAUACCCAGCAGAAAUGUUUAAGGAUAAGACAAACACCUUCCAGGCUAUUAUCACCACAGAUGGUGUUGAGGCUUACUCCAUGAUGCUCUACAAGGAUAAAGGAAUGAACUGGGACACUGAUAGGCUGGCCACUACAAAUGUUCUGAUGGGUUACAACAGUGCGGACGGUUUUUUCCUGAAUGAUGGCCAGAUGUCAAAAACACCAAAGGAUAAAUACCGACCUGACAGAUUUAUAGGAGCUAAUUCAAAUAUAAGGGGACUCUGGAUUUACAAGCUGACCAAAGGAACCUUUAAAGAAAAUUUCAAAGUGAAGUGUCUAGAAUGGGCUGAACUAGAGCCAGAGGUAUCAACAUGGGCCUCAGAUAUGGCUGACUGCCCUUGCAGUUUGCAGCAAGGACGGCAAGAUGGAAGAUACCGUACAGCUGGGACAGAUGGGGAUUUUACAGUGUUGCGCAGUGUUUCCUCGGCCUCUAGACAAGGAGCCAGGUGCCUAUAUAACAAAAAAGGCUCAUUUUACAAUGGCUGGAUUGAGAGGUACCCAAAAAAGAUCAUAGAAAGCAGACAAGCUGAAGACGGUAUAUGUACCACGACAUUCUGGUGCUGUAAGAACAUUGAAGAUCCAAAAUUCUGUGACUACUACCAGACAAAGAGACCUCGGAGAGACUGCAGUUCCUAUAGAGCCCCAUCGUCAGGGCUGAUGAAUGGAGAUCCACACAUAGCAUCAUUUGAUGAUUUGCACUAUACCUUUAAUGGGUUGGGAGAUUUCAUCCUGAUUAAUGCUCAGGAUUCAGACAGCAGCUUCACUUUGCAGGCUCGCACGGUCAUCACUCCUAAUUCAAAAGCCACCAACUUCAAUAAUUUUGCAGCUCAGUAUAAAGAAAAUGGGACAACAAACACAGUUUUAUGGACGCUAAAAGGAACAGACUCAGUUGAUGUUACCGUAAACAACACAUUAAUAUCAGAAUUCACUAUUUUGGACUCUGGAGAGUUUUAUGAAGCAGAUGAAAUCCUGCUUGAGAGAAGCAGAGGAAACACGAUAUCAGCCACAUUUAGCGCAAUCCUUUCAAUUAAAGUAACAGCAUCCUUUUCAAUGCUGAAUGCUGUUAUUAACCUGCCUUCAAAAUAUAAAGAUAAAACUGAAGGCCUUCUCGGAAAAUGGAAUGAUGACCAAAGUGAUGACCUUAAAAAGAGAAAUGGAGAUAUCAUUCCACCUUCAAGUACAGAGUCUGAAAUAUACACAUUUGGCUUAACUUGGGAUGCUGGCCAAGAAAGCCUAUUCCCAAGUAAGAACAAAUCAGUCCAAAACAAGACUGCUGAUACAAGUUUCAAACCAGUGUUCCUGGAAGAUCUUAAAAUACUAGAAGGCUAUGCCAAAGCAAAAGAAACAUGUGGCAAUGAUCUUAGUUGUAUUUUUGAUGGAAUGAGCACUGGCAAUUUGACCAUAGGAUUAGCCACAAAGGAAACUUUCACUAGCUUUGUAGAGACUAAGACAGCACUUGAGUCUUUUCCACCCAACAUUACAGGAAUUAAACUGUUUACAGCCAGUAUUGGAGAAACUGUUACAGCGACUUACACUGCAAAAACAAGUGAUGGAUCACAAGUUAAAUUCACCCCUAUUACAUUAGAUGAUGUCAAUUUGACAGAAAGUGGAAUUCUCACCUGGAUUCCUACAAGUGUGAAGCCACUGAUAGUAACGGUUGAAGCUGUUGGAGAAAAUAAUAUGACUGCUAUUUUGCAACCAAUGUUUGUUGUGUGUAACUGUGGGACCAAUGGUGAAUGUGUCUUUGCUGAUACCACUAGAGUCGGUGACUCGGCACUAUAUGAAACAUCUUGCAAGUGUAAUGCUAGUUACAUAGGAAAGAACUGUCAAAUAAAACAAAGCAUUUGUGAAACUGUGAGCUGUUAUCCAGGAGUAGUUUGCAAUGAGACAACAGGCUGUGCCCAGUGUCCCGCUGGAAAGGAGGGGAAUGGCAUUCAGUGCUCAGAUAUAAAUCAUUGUUUAAGCAAUCCAUGCCCAUCCACUGCUUCAUGCACAAGCGUUAAGGACAGCUUCAGAUGUAACUGCAACGAAGGAUAUAAAGGUGAUGGGACAACAUCCUGUAUUGAUGUUAACGAGUGUAAGAUCAGCUCACCUUGUUCACUGAACGCUAACUGCACCAAUGAAAUUGGGUCUUACAAGUGUGUCUGCAAGCAAGGAUUUAAUGGAGAUGGAAAGAACUGCACUGACAUUGAUGAAUGUAAGAACUCUUCCUGCACCCAAAAUGCUACAUGCACCAACACAGAGGGAUCUUACACAUGCACUUGCAAACCAGGAUAUACAGGUGAUGGGAAAACAUCCUGUACUGAUGUUGACGAGUGCAAGACAAGCUCACCUUGUUCACCGAAUGCUAACUGCACCAAUGAAAUUGGGUCUUACAAGUGUGUCUGCAAGCAAGGAUUUAAUGGUGAUGGAAAGAACUGCACUGAGAUUGAUGAAUGUAAGAACUCUUCCUGUAUCCAAAAUGCUAUAUGCACCAACACAGAGGGAUCUUACACAUGCACUUGCAAACCAGGAUAUACAGAGAAAAGCAAUAGGUACACUGUCACUCUUAAUCAAAAUGCUACGUGCACCAACACAGAGGGAUCUUACACAUGCACUUGCAAACCAGGAUAUACAGGAGAUGGGAAGAACUGCACUGACAUUAAUGAGUGUACACUGUCACUCUGCAAUCAAAAUGCUACAUGCACCAACACAGAGGGAUCUUACACAUGCACUUGCAAACCAGGAUAUACAGGAGAUGGGAAGAACUGCACUGACAUUAAUGAGUGUACACUGUCACUCUGCAAUCAAAAUGCUACAUGCACCAACACAGAGGGAUCUUACACAUGCACUUGCAAACCAGGAUAUACAGGAGAUGGAAAAACAUCCUGUACUGAUGUUGACGAGUGCAAGACAAGCUCACCUUGUUCACCGAAUGCUAACUGCACCAAUGAAAUUGGGUCUUACAAGUGUGUCUGCAAGCAAGGAUUUAAUGGUGAUGGAAAGAACUGCACUGAGAUUGAUGAAUGUAAGAACUCUUCCUGUAUCCAAAAUGCUACAUGCACCAACACAGAGGGAUCUUACACAUGCACUUGCAAACCAGGAUAUACAGGAGAUGGGAAGAACUGCACUGACAUUAAUGAGUGUACACUGUCACUCUGCAAUCAAAAUGCUACAUGCACCAACACAGAGGGAUCUUACACAUGCACUUGCAAACCAGGAUAUACAGGAGAUGGGAAGAACUGCACUGACAUUAAUGAGUGUACACUGUCACUCUGCAAUCAAAAUGCUACAUGCACCAACACAGAGGGAUCUUACACAUGCACUUGCAAACCAGGAUAUACAGGAGAUGGAAAAACAUCCUGUACUGAUGUUGACGAGUGCAAGACCAGCUCACCUUGUUCACCAAAUGCUAACUGCACCAAUGAAAUUGGGUCUUACAAGUGUGUCUGCAAGCAGGGCUUUCAAGGAGAUGGACAAUUCUGCAUUGACAUUAACGAAUGUUUGAACUCACUCUCAUGCUCUCCAUAUGCUGACUGUGCCAACUCUGUCGGAUCCUACAAAUGCACCUGCAAACAGGGUUAUGCAGGCGAUGGCAAACUCUGUAACAAUAGUUGUGGCGAUUGCCCAGCUGACUUCUGUAGCAAUGGAGGAUCUUGCACUCAAAUCCCAGCUGGUGGCUGUAAAGCCACCUGCACAUGCCCCAGUCCAUACACAGGGCAACGCUGUGAUUUAGCUGGGUUAACUUUUGAGCCAAAGCCUUUAGCAAGUGCACCAAAGAGAUCCCUCAAGUUAAUUCUUAAAUUGAAGGGGGAUUAUAACCAACAGGUCAUUAGUGAUAUUAAGAGCCCAGAAUAUGUAUCACUAGUAAACCAGAUUGAUACUAAGGUAGCUCAGCGGAUGUUGACCCUGACAGUGAAAACCUUUUCUAAAAAUCAAGAUAUUGUCUUGAAAAUUGUCAAUAAUCGGGUGGCUGCCGAGUUCUUGUCCUUGUUUGAUUAUGGUGCCAGCAUUACAGACAUUGAUUUCCUCAAUAAUAAAUUACAAGAUGCCAUCGUUGAUGUUUUAAACCUCAAAGUACAGAGACGGAGAAGAGAAGAUACUGUCCAGUUUGAACCUGUGACUAAAGCUGAUAUCACAGAUGUUAACAAAGCAACUGCUGAAGACCUUUUACAGUAUAUGAGCUGUGCUAGUAAAGGAAUCAAAGGCUAUUCAGCAGUGUUUGAUCCAAAAACUGGCAUUCUGUGUGUAUCUCCUUGUUUAACAAAUGACUACUGCAAAAAUGGAGGAACAUGCCAACAUUACAUUGAAGGACCCAUGUGCAAAUGUGUUUCAUUUCAAAUGUACGCACCAUAUGGUGAAAAUUGUGAAUACUUGGCUAUGAAUCUCCGUGCCUUCUUUGGCAUUCUGUUUGGAACCCUGGCAUUCAUCUUCGUCGUGGUGGUGUUGCUAUUCCUGCUGUUUUAUUGCUAUUGCAGACAAAUUCGUUCACCUAAUUUAAGUGAAAGCUUGAUACAGAUCUAA